ACAGACCGGACCACUUUGGACUACACUCCUCAUUUAUUCCCCUCCAUAUGUUCUCCUCCACUCAGCUGCACGGAUUAGUUUAAGGGGAUUUAAAAGCGGAGAAUUACGCGCAAACGGCGCGCUUUUAUGGUUUUACGCUCAUUUAAUCAUUCCUGGAUCUAAAAAGUCGUAGUUCUGCUUCGCCUGUCAGAAACGCUUGGCAUGAGGGUGUAAGCCAGUUAGUUCACACUGCGUCCAGGUUGCUUAUUUUUCAAGGUUUUUUUUAUUUUAAUUUCCUUCCUUUCUCCUGGAGGCGCGUGCGUUAUUUCUCCAUCUGCCAUGGCUGAUUCCAACGCUGAAUGCAACAUCAAGGUGUUGUGUCGAUUCCGUCCGCUGAACCAGUCUGAGAUUAUCCGCGGAGAUAAGUUCAUCCCGGUAUUCCAAGGAGAAGACACUGUAAUCUUUGGGGGGAAGUCAUAUGUGUUUGACCAGGUCUUCCCUACCAACACCACGCAGGAGCAAGUCUACAAUACAUGUGCCAAACAGAUUGUCAGAGAUGUACUUGGUGGAUACAAUGGGACUAUCUUUGCCUAUGGGCAGACCUCUUCGGGAAAAACACACACCAUGGAGGGGAAACUUCAUGAUCCCAAUGCAAUGGGAAUCAUUCCCAGGAUAGCCCAGGACAUUUUUGAACACAUAUUCGCCAUGGAUGAGAACCUGGAGUUUCAUAUAAAGGUCUCCUACUUUGAGAUCUACAUGGAAAAGAUCCGGGAUCUCCUUGAUGUAACAAAAACCAACUUGUCAGUGCAUGAAGACAAAUAUAGGGUUCCUUAUGUGAAGGGCUGCACAGAGCGCUUUGUCACCAGUCCAGAGGAAGUGAUGGAUGUGAUAGAUGAAGGGAAGGCCAAUCGUCACGUUGCAGUCACCAAUAUGAAUGAGCAUAGCUCUCGCAGUCACAGCAUCUUCCUGAUAAACAUCAAACAAGAAAAUGUAGAGACGGAGCAGAAACUCUGUGGGAAGCUUUACCUGGUUGACCUCGCUGGAAGUGAGAAGGUCAGUAAGACAGGUGCAGAGGGAGCGGUGCUGGAUGAGGCUAAGAACAUCAACAAGUCUCUGUCAGCUCUAGGGAACGUCAUUUCUGCUUUGGCUGAAGGAACGAAAUCUCAUGUGCCAUAUCGUGACAGCAAAAUGACUCGUAUUCUACAGGACUCGCUGGGUGGGAACUGCCGCACCACCAUGUUUAUCUGUUGCUCCCCUUCCAGCUACAACGAUGCAGAGACUAAAUCUACGCUGAUGUUUGGCCAACGAGCCAAGACCAUUAGAAAUACGGUCACAGUGAAUCUGGAGCUCACUGCAGAGCAGUGGAAGAAGAAGUACGAGAAGGAAAAGGAGAAGAACAGGUCGAUGAAGGAGACUAUACAAAGACUUGAAGCUGAGCUGAACCGCUGGAAGAACGGUGAUGUUAUUCUAGAGCGGCUGGGUGAAGGAUCUGAGGACGCCCCAUUUGUGCCUCUGGCUUUUGAAGAGCCAACUCUUGAAUUAUGCAGCCCGUGCACCCCCUGCACCCCUUGCAGCCCCUGCUCCAUAGCCUCAUCUAUUGUGGUUCAUAUCUCUGAAGAAGAACGACACAAGUAUGAGGAAGAGAUCUGCAAACUGUACAAGCAGCUGGAUGAUAAGGAUGACGAGAUCAACCACCAGAGCCAGAUGGUGGAGAAGCUAAAGGGGCAGAUGCUUGACCAGGAGGAGCUUUUAGCUUCAUCCAGGGGAGACAGUGAGAGGGUGCAUUCAGAGCUGGGCAGGCUGCAGGCAGAAAAUGAAUCCUCUAAGACUGAGGUGAAGGAGGUGCUUCAGGCACUGGAGGAGCUGGCUGUAAACUACGACCAAAAAAGCCUGGAGGUCGAGGAGAAAAGCAUGCAGAACAAACUCCUAGCUGAAGAACUUGAGAAGAAGAUGGCUCACCUUAGGGCUUUAGAGGCAGAGCUGUGCCGUAUCCAGGAGGUGAGCAGCCACCAAAGAAAACGCAUUGCUGAGGUUCUCAAUGGCCUCAUGAGAGACCUGCGUGAGUUCAGCACUAUAGUUGGAAACAGGGAAAUCAAGCUGCCCGUUGAGAUCAGUGGUGCAGUCGAGGAGGAGUUCACAGUGGCCCGGCUCUACAUCAGCAAGAUAAAGUCUGAGGUGAAGUCCAUGGUGAAACGCUGCCGACACCUGGAGAACCUCCAAACGGAGUGCAACAAAAAGAUGGAGGAAACAAGCCGAGAGCUGUCGUCAUGCCAUCUUCUUGUCUCGCAGCAUGAGGCAAAGAUCCAGUCUUUGGUGGAGUACAUGCAGAAUAUGGACUUAAAGAAGCGACAACUGGAGGAGAGCUACGAUUCCCUGACUGAGGAGCUGGCCAAGCUCAGAGCUCAAGAAAGCAUGUCAUGGGUGACCAGUGGGGAAAACAGCACAUCUCUCCAGUCUGAUAUUAAGGAUUGUUUACAUUCAUUUGCACUCUGCAACCAGAAGCAGCAUCUGGAGUUGGAGCACCUGCACUGCGACUUUGAACAUCUCAGAAGUCGGGAGCAUCACAAGAGCUGCCAGCUGGAGGAACUGACAUUUCUGUGUGAACGGCACGAGCAGUCAAAGCAGGACCUCAAAGGGUUGGAGGAGACUGUUGCCCGUGAACUCUACACCCUGCACAACCUCCGUAAGCUCUUUGUUCAAGACCUCACCACUCGAGUUAGAAAAAGUACAGAUAUUGAACCUGGCGAUUCUGGGGGAUUUAUCACUCAAAAACAAAAGAUAUCUUUUCUUGAAAACAACUUGGAGCAGCUUAGUAAAGUUCACAAACAGCUGGUACGAGACAAUGCAGAUCUUCGCUGUGAGCUUCCAAAACUGGAGAAACGUCUUCGCUCUACGGCUGAUAGAGUUAAGGCACUGGAGGGAGCGCUGAAGGAGGCCAAGGAGAGUGCCAUGAAAGACCGUCAACGCUACCAGCAGGAAGUGGAGCGAAUCAAGGAUGUGAUGAGGCGCACUCCUUUCCGCCGGCCCCAUGCUGCACAGAUAGCCAAGCCUGUGCGCCCUGGUCACUACCCACUCGUCAACCACUUCUUUUUCCGAGGCUACAGUGAAAGCCCUGUUGCCUUCUGCAAUGCGGGAUUCCAGAAUAAAAACGAAGCAUCAGCUUCCAUUGAAGCUCUCCCAGCACAUGACGACAAGGCCAGAUUACCUGAAGAUGACUGCAACCAGAACAGCCCCGUAGAACAUCUAGAAUCACAAAGUGAUGACGACAGUGAUGCUCAGAACAUCAUGCCUCCAGCUGAAGCAGUAAGCAAAGCAGAGAAGUCUUCAGAAAUGCUUGAUUCAGAAAAUGGAAACACCACAGAUAUCAAUGACAACAGCAUGUGUCUGAAUGUGAAUUCUGUGUCCAGAACUGAUGUCUGCAAUAAUCAGGACACAGCCAAACUCUAUAAGCGGCAAAAUGAGGCUCCAGCCUGCUAAGGCAGGCAAAUGUUUCUGAGGCCUCCAUUGUAAAUCUGCAUGGAGAUGAUCACCUUUGUCCCAGACUCCUCUUCAGGCCCUUUUCCCACCUGCUGUAAACAGUCCUCUUUGUGUCCGUUUCCAAGCCUCAGUCUAUUUUUUUCUGGCUCCUUCAUCUUUCUGUGUCUGGGUAGCUGUACAGCCAGCACCGCAUCUCAGAAACCUGCCAGCCUACACCUGCAGCUGCACCCGGUCCCCAUAACUUGAAAUAGAAUGGGACAAAAAUAGAGGAGGGGAGUGAGAGGCUGCAGUGCAACGUCUUACCACCAGAGUGUGAUCAUUAGAAGUAGGGGCAAAUCAGAAGAAAAAAUAAAUACAUUUUAAACCCCCGUUAUUAUUAUCAUCUAUAGUAGGCUUAUGGACACAUAAAAACUCAACUCUUGAGGAUAUGAAAUGUAAAAUGUGAUGUGAAAACAGUCCUAACCCUGUGCUCACUUUGUUAGUAUUUAUUCUUUUUUCUGCAUGUUUAUUUUGGGAUGAAAAAGAUCUUGCUUGGCAGUAUUAUGUUGAAAUAUUAGUUUCAUAAGAGCGCAGGGACUUUGUGAUGAAAUCUAUAAAUGGUUAACAGAAAAAACCCUGAAGCUAAAAGUAUUCUACAAUGUUUUAUAGUGGAAUGACCAGCUCUGUAUUUGUCAAUUAGAAGCGAUUAAUUUUCUUUCUUUGAAUUAGUGGGAUAAUUCAUUUAUUAAGAAUGAGGAACAUUGGUGCUCCCAUUCUUUCAUAGUUGAAUUUUUGAAGACAAGAAAACAUGUGACAAUGACAUAUUUCUAUUUUUACUUUAAACAGAUCUCUUAUUUUAUUCCACAUUUCAAGUAGAGUUUAGCUUAUCUUUUAUUUAAAGCCUCCUGGCAGCUGAUGUUUGACUAUCCUCAGUGUCACCAACUGAUUUAAUAUAAAAAGCUAUCAGGGUAAAGAGUUGCAUUCUGAUUUAUUCUAUUGUUCAUAACAUUUGGAAUUUUUAAAACCUGAUAAAGAGAGAAAGAAGAAAUAAAAAAGCUUUUGGUUGUCUAAAUCCUGCUGACUUCUGGAAGGUUAGAUAUUGUAUUCUCUCUUAUUCUUUAAGAUGCAAAAUAUGCAUCUUUAAAAAUGAAUAAUGUGGACCUGCAACAAAAAGAGAAAAGAAAAUUAAAGGCAAAAAAUAUUUAGACCUCAUUUUUAGAGCUUAAGGGAAGUUUGAACUAUUAACUUAUUGCAUUCAUACAUGUUUACCUCAUUUUUAGAAAGAAUGCUGUGACAAAGAAAACAUCUUGUUACAAGAACACAAAUCCCUUUUAACAUACGGUAGAUCCUAACACCCUAUUUCUGGGUGUUUUGAUUCCAUCCACAAAGUCUCAGUUUAGUUUCAGUAUGCUACAGAUUUAUGCAACUAUUGCAGUUUGGAUUACAUCAAGGUUGAUAAAACAAAACUAAACUGGCAAAGCUCAGUAGUGUUUGACUAAGAUUCUUCGUAUCCUAUCUUUUUACAGAAAAAAUGUAUUUUUACAUCAGUAUAAGUAACACCACAGUACAGUAGCUUGC